CCCCACGGCCCCACGGCCCCAGGACGGGAUGGUCCACGGUGACGCAUUCACGGAGAUAAAAGAGUGUUUUUAACGGGGAAUAACUGAGUGUUUUGUGUGACAGCUGCAAGUUUUGCCAAGUGGAUCUGCAGAGGGAGACCCGGACCCGGACCCGGACUCGGACCUGGAUUCUGGACCCGUACUCUGGACUCUGGUUACAGUUUUACGCGCAGCGGCAGGAUGAGACGCGGCGGGGACGCAGCGGGACUCGGACACUCGGACUCCUCGGCGGCGUGAUCUGCAGGUCUCCAGCACCAUGGAGGAGAAGUUCCACAGACUCAUCUUCAUCCCGGUGGCGGCGGUCCUCUUCCUCAUGAUCGGGUACCAGUACGUGUGUCCGGCGGACUCCAACAGCUGCUACCUGCGGAGCGACGGGAAGGGGAUCUUCCAGCGCUACUCGUCCGGCUUCCAGCUGGUCUACACGGACCCGGAGCCGGACGAGGACCUGCCCUCCAGGAUCACGUCCCGGUUUAACUUCACGGAGCGGGACCUGGACCGGCACGUCGACUUCAACAUCCGGGGGGACGACGUGAUGGUGUUCCUGCACAUCCAGAAGACCGGCGGCACCACCUUCGGCCGCCACCUGGUGAAGAACAUCCAGCUGGAGCGGCCCUGCGACUGCAUGCCGGGCCAGAGGAAGUGCACCUGCCACCGGCCCGGCAGAGCCGAGUCCUGGCUCUUCUCCCGGUUCUCCACCGGCUGGAGCUGCGGGCUGCACGCCGACUGGACGGAGCUCACCAACUGCGUCCCGGUGGUGAUGAACAAGAGGGACAAGAAGAGCGCCACCAGGAACAAAAGGAACUUCUACUACAUCACGAUGCUGCGUGACCCCGUGUCUCGCUACCUCAGCGAGUGGAAGCACGUGCAGCGCGGCGCCACGUGGAAGACGGCGCUGCACAUGUGCGACGGGCGGCCGCCCACGCAGGACGAGCUCCCGGCCUGCUACAGCGGCGAGGACUGGACCGGCGUGGCGCUGACGGACUUCAUGAGCUGCCCGUCCAACCUGGCCAACAACAGGCAGGUGCGCAUGCUGGCCGACCUCAGCCUGGUGGGCUGCUACAACAUGACCACGGUCAGCGAGCUGGAGCGAGGCCGCGUCCUCCUCGCCAGCGCCAAGGCCAACCUGAGGAACAUGGCGUUCUACGGCCUCACCGAGUUCCAGCGCAAGACGCAGUUCCUGUUCGAGAGGACGUUCGGCCUGCGCUUCAUCCAGGCCUUCACGCAGAUCAACAGCACGCGCGCCGCCAGCGUGGGCAUCAGCGAGAAGGUCCGCUGGCGCAUCGAGGGCCUGAACGCGCUCGACGUGGAGCUCUACGAGUACGCCAAGGAGCUCUUCCUGCAGCGCUACCAGCACGGGCGCCAGCGCCAGCACCGCCAGGAGCGCCUCAGGAGGUGGCAGGAGAAGCAGCACAGGCAGCGGCUGCACAGGACCUACCUGGCCCAGCUGUGGAGGGGAGGAGGAGCAGGAGCAGGGGAGGAGCAGGAGGAGGUGAAGGGGCUGCAGGAGGAGCAGCAGGAGGAGGUGGCCACCACUGAGGACUACAGCAGCCAGGUGGUGAGGUGGUGAGGAGGACUCUAUCACCCUCUGAGGACAUCUUCUGGCUCUUUAAAGCCCCCGAACCAUAGUGUUUCUGGGUGUUUUCAGCUGAAAAAGACUUUUUCCGUUGACUUAAAUCGGGUAAAACAAGUCAGAAACGUCAGAAACUCAUCAUGAAGCCUGGAGGAAUGACUGGAACUGACUACAGCAGAACUUUAUACUGUUAAACAUGACCAAAAAUGGCAAAAACAAACAUGUUUCUAGCAGGAAUAUGAUCUGAAAUUGAGGAGAAAUUCAAGAUUUCUGAACCAAAAACUGCACAAACAAACAUGAUUUUAGAUCUGAAAUUGGGGAGAAAUUAACAACAUCUGAAACCAAGAUUACAGGCAAUUACAAAAAGCCUGUUCAGUGUUUUUUGGGUCUUUUGAGGUAGAAAAAUCGGGUAAAACAAGUGUGUAAAUCAGCAGAAACAUCAGAAACUCAUCAUGAAGCCUGGAGGAAUGACUGGAACUGACUAUAGCAGAACUUUAUACUGUUAAACAUGACCAAAAAUGGCAAAAACAAAGCAGGAAUAUGAUCUGAAAUUGAGCAGAAAUUCAAGAUUUCUGAACCAAAAACUGCACAAACAAACAUGAUUUUAGAUCUGAAAUUAGGGAGAAAUUAACAACAUCUGAAACCAAGAAAUCUGCUCUGAUUGGUCAGUGUUUCUGGGUCUUUUGAGGUAGAAAAGAUUGACUUAAAUUGGUAAAAAUAAGUGUGUAAAUCAGCAGAAACUCAUCAUGAAGCCUGGAGGAAUGACUGGAACUGAGAAUAGCAGAACUUUCUACUGUUAAAUAUGACCAAUACAAGAUUUAUUAACCAAAAACUGCACAAACAAACAUGUUUUUUAGCAGGAAUAUGAUCUGAAAUUGGGGAGAAAUUAACCACAACGAUUACAGAUUGCAGUUGCAGCCACAUACCUGCAGCAAAUUAACCCAAAACUGGACAAACAAACAUGUUUUUGAUCUGAAAUUGGGGAGAAAUUCACUAUAUCUGCAACCAAGAUUACAGGCAACUACAAAAAGCCCACUCUGCUCUGAUUGGUCAGUGUUUCUGGGUCUUUUGAGGUAGAAAAGUUUGACUUAAAUUGGUAAAAAGAAGUCUGUAAAUCAGCAGAAACAUCAGAAACUCAUCAUGAAGCCUGGAGGAAUGACUGGAACUGACUAUAGCAGAACUUUAUACUGUUAAACAUGACCAAAAACGGCAAAAACAAACGUGUUUUUAGCAGGAAUAUGAUCUCAAAUUGAGGAGAAAUUAACAACAUCUGAAACCAAGAUUACAGGCAACUAGAGCAACAUGAGCAUGAACAGAAAUCUGUCACUUCCAGUCAAAAGUGCAAAGGAAACUGUUGUAAACAAGGUUUUUGCUCACAAUUAUUAGAGAUGACAAAUAAAAGAUUUCUGAACCAAAAUCUGCACAAACAAACAUGUUUGACAUGUUUGAAAUUGGGUAAAAAAAAGGGUGUAAAUCAGCAGAAAGUCAUCAUGAAGCCUGGAGGAAUGACUGGAACUGAGAAUAGCACAACUUUCUACAGGUAAAUAUGACCAAUACAAGAUUUAUGAACCAAAACCUGCACAAAUAAACAUGUUUUUAGCAGAAAUAUGAUCUGAAAUUGGGAAGAAAUUCUUUAAAUCUGCAAUUUGCACCAUGAAAAAUCACUUAUUAAACUUCUAACCCAAAACAUGACUCAAUAGAACAUGUUUCAGCAGGAAUAUGAUCUGAAAUUGGGGAGAAAUGAACAACCAAGAUUACAGAUUGCAAUGCAGCCACAUGCCUGCAGCAAAUGAACCAAAAACUGGACAAACAAACAUGUUUUUAGCAUGUUAGUUAGUUAGUGAUCUGAAAUUGGGGAGAAAUGAACCCAGAAAUCUGUCACUUCCUGUCCAGAGUGCAAAGAAAACUGAUGAAAACUAUGUUUUUGCUCACAAUUAUUAGAAACUUUAUGCAGUUUUAGGUUUUUAGGUCUUUUAUUGUUCUUUUUUUUUCUCCAAACAAACUUGUUUAUAGCAGGAAUGUGAUCUGAAAUUGGGGAGAAAUUCACCAUAUGUGCAACCAAGAUUACAGGAAACUGCAAAAAACCCAAUCUGCUGUGAUUGCUCAGUGUUUCUGGGUCUUUUGAGUUAAAAAAUA